CUCCAAUUCAAUUUCUUCAAACUCUCUCUCUCUCUCUCUCUCUUUCUUUCUCUCUCUAUAUAUAUACACACGAAACACAUUGAUAUAUCCAUUUUCUUUCAUUUCUCUCCCUCUUUCUCUCUCUCUCGGGCGCACACACUAAAUCGAUGGAUCGAAUUUCUGCAGUGAGUUUGUUUGUUCUGCUUUUCACAGUUCUGUUAAUCUCAGUUCGAUCAGUGAGACAUUUGCCAGACAAGAAUCGCAGCGAAGUUACUGAAGACGUAGACGUCACAGACCCAGUACCAGUAUUUGCAAACAAGGUUUUCUCUGAUGAAGAUCCAUGUGUUGCAAUACCAUACUUUGAACUGCCAUUCUGCCCUCCAGGAAAUCCAGUAAAGAAUGGGAAGAAAACCUUGGAAGAAAUUGUGGAGGGUGACUGCUUCACCAAUACUCGAUAUGAGCUGAAUUUUAAAGUUGAUAAAAAUGAAGAAACUCUUUGUGAGAAGAACUUGACAGAAGCUGAAAUUGCAAAGUUUAGGUAUGCUAUCAAAAACAGGUUCAGGUAUCACAUGUACUAUAGCAGCAUCAAGUUGUACGCUCGUGUAGGCCAUCUUGUACAAAACACCUGGCCCUACACCCAUCUAGAACCUAUGUAUUGGCUUUUCUCACACGUCAACUUCGAGGUCUAUUACAUCGGAAACCAAGUUCAGGGCAUCUUCAUUGAGACUCUCUCCCAUUCAUCCACUGCUCUACCUGCCCAUUCAUCCAAUGUCAAGUUCACUUAUUCUGUAUUCUGGAAGAACCAAGAAGUCAAUUCAUCCCAUGCUUUCUUGAAUACAUCCUCAAUGGAUAAAUGGGACCAUGAACUCAAUUUGGUUAAAAAGAAGCAAGAAAGGAAGGAUUUCAGAUAUUCAGUCCUAUAUUAUGUUGCAAUUUGCUUGAAGAUUGGGUUACUUCUUUCGGUGAUAAAAUUAUACCUCAACCGGUAUUUCAGUAGAGUUGUAAGAGAAGAAAGAAGGCAGAUAGGUAUGCAGCAAAUCCAUGGUGAAGCUUGCAGGUGUCCUCCACGCACCUAUUUACUUGGUGCUAUCCUGGGCAUUGGCACUCAGCAACUAAUUCUAUGUUGCAUUCUAUUCAUACUGGUAUAUAGAGGGGAUCUAUUUCCGUGCAACCAGAAUGCUUUGCUUCAACAUCUUCUUGUGAUAUAUUGGCUAACAUCUGCGGUUUCUGGGUACAUUGCGACUUCAUUUCAAAGUCGAUAUACUGAAGCUGGAUUGCAAGAAUGUUUUGUCCAGACUGGGACUUUGUACCUUGUGCCAGCCUUCCUAACAUUUCAUAUAGUGAAUAUAUUAGAACAAGUAAAGGAUGGGAUCUCAGAUCUCCUUCAAACUUACACCACAUUUUUGAUGCUUUUCGUUUGGGCAAUAGGCACAUACACAUUUUUAAUGGUGGGCGGCAAGAUGGGAUAUUUUUUUAGAGCUUCAGUUCAACCUGUUUGUGCUACCAGCAGAAUCCCAAGGACGGUUCCUCAACAGUCUUGGUACAGGAAGACACCUGCUCAAGUGUUUUUUGGGGGGAUUUUACCUUUCAUUACAAUCUUCUGGAAAAUGGACUACAUAUAUGCAAGCCUGUGGAACCAAAAAGUCUGUGGCGCAUUCAGCACUCUGCUUACAAACUUCAUUGUGGUCGGUGUAACAACUAUAAUUGUGGCUAUGAGUUUUACAUAUAUUCAACUCCUUCAACAAGAUCAACAAUGGGAAUGGAGAUCUGUGUUGCGCGGUGGAUCAGCUGCCAUCUUCAUGUUUGCUUACGGCGUCUACUUCCAUGUCAGAGUAGAUCAGAUUAGACCCAUGCAGCUGCUCUACUUUCUGGGCUAUAAUGCUUGCAUAUUCUAUGCCUUGUCCCUGGUACUUGGAACUAUUAGCUAUCACGCUUCUCAAUAUGUUUUUCGCCGUGUGCACCGGGACUUGUGAAUGAUCCAUUUCUCUAUCAUGUGUUGUUCCACUGACACUAGACCAUCUUUCAGCCAUUGUCUCUCCUGCCAAUACUGUUGGUUUCAUCAUUUUAUUGAUUAGCAAAGCUCACACAGGACAUGCCUUAUCCUCGUAAUACCUGAAAAUUGUUUUGGUUUCACAAUAUUCAUAUAGCUACAUUCUGCUGAAAGACUUUAUAGAUACAAAUAUAAGAUUCUUUUGUUGUUGUUGUUAUUUGUGAUGUGAGCAAACAUACAUACAUAACUGUGUUUUGUGUUUGUGAAAAU